AUGCCCGCCACAUCGUUUGUGCACGUUCACAGGAAGCCGCUGUACUAUGCGCGUCCCGAGCGCACAUUCUACGACAGUACCGACGACAUCCGGAAUGUCUGGGACGGUUCUCAGGAAAAUGAGGAAGGCAAGGAGAAAGAAUCGACCGAUGAUGAGUCGAUGGGUGAAGGACCACGAUUGGAACCAAUGCUAGAGUCGUCCGAGUCACCGGAGCAAAAUAUUCUCACUCGACCGGAACAGACAUGGAAGCUGUUGGAAGCCCUCGAUGCACUUAGUACUUGGGGUGCGCAUAGUCGGACGAAGUCAUCGCUAGAAUUAACGUCCCUGGUGGAUGGACUGGUCGAAAAUGUAGUUGCUCAUCGAGCAGAAUAUAUCCGAAAGUGUAAAUCAUCCACCAUCGACGGACUCUGUUGUCCGAUCUGCGAAGGAGUGUUAAAAUAUCCUGUCACAGCCACCUGUGGGCAUACCUUCUGUCGGCAGUGUUGCUUCGGCCAUAGUCGAUGCACGGUUUGUGGACAGCGGUUUCCUUCUGUCACGGCAACACUGACAGCGACCAGUGCGUCAUCCGCAUUUACGUCCACGCCGUCCUCUUCCUCGUCGACGGUAACAUCCGCUACCUAUGCCUUUCCCGCGUCCUAUGAAGCCCUGCCGACUCUGACCCCGGCGGAAGGCACCGAGGUAGUGUCUGCGAGUGGAGGUUUUGAGCUGGACAUUCUUAUUCGGCGACUCGUCGAACGUUGGUGGGGUCCGGAGCUAAAGGCGGCCGAACUGCACGAGGAAGCACAGCGCCAUCUAGAAGACAACUCGCUGGACGAGGCACUUCGCUGCUGCAAUCAGAGCUUAGAACACGUUCCCAACAGCGCCAAAGGACUGCAGCUGCGCUCGGAGGUGUUGCACCGGUUGCAGCACUACCAAAGUGCUCUGGCCGAUGCCGACAGUGCACUCAAGUGUCUGCCAACGUCAUACAAGGCCCACUAUUGCCGAGCCAUAUCGCUGUCAGCGCUGGGGAAGUACGAGGAAGCAGUUAUAGCACGAUGCUUGGCCAUCUUCUUGGACCGGCAGUCACAUGCCGUACCGAGUGGAAUAAAAUCUGAACUGAUGCAUGAUCUGAAACGGUUACUACUAGAAUCGGCCAGUCUUGCAUCUCGCGUCACGCUGAAGGAUCACAACCAGCCUGACGAACAUGACGACCCGCUUGGGUCGAUCUUUGAUCAUUCUUAUGAUUUAAUUGCUGGUUGCCGUAAACGACGCCACCGUUCUCCACAGCGUCGUAAGUCCAAGAAACAGUUCCUCACCCUACGCCAAGGUGACUUCGAUGAAGACCAUUCCGACUACGGUGGUGAAGACUAUCUGAGCAGUGAUCUCCUUUUCGACUACAUGGAUGAUCCAUUCAGUGAAGAGUCAUUGCUCGGUCCGACCCACACCCGGCACCGUCAGCACCGAAGCCAUCAUCGAAGGCGCAGGAAGUCGGGCAGCUCAAUGCUGCAAUCUGAUCUCAAGCUGGAGCAACACCUGCAGGACCAUCAGUACCAUCAGCAUCGGGAGCAGCAGAAGGAGCAAAUGCUACCGUGUGACUCGAUCAUUCCGCAAGCGCAUCCGCGACUAAAGUCUCUGAUGGAGCGUUUAGAUUGUGAGCUGAAGUCGACCAGAUGGUUGGACACUACACCCGUUCGGUUAACGGUGAACCCGUCCCUGAUAGAACCGUCGGACUUUGAUUGUGUGCUGUGCUGUAGGACUCUCUGGCGACCAGUUGUGACUCCCUGUGGACACACGUACUGCUGGGUUUGUCUUGACCGGUGCAUGGAUUAUUCAUCGUCCUGUCCGCUGUGUAUGGCACCGCUGGUGGAACAGUUCCGCAAUCAUCUACCCGGUAGUGUAGCUGGCGCGACAGAAGCGGCCAGUUCAAGUCCCGCCGGAACACCCACCAACUUGAUCUCACUGGCGAAGCGCAAAAUGACACGCUUCGUCGAUCUCGCCAUGCAACGCUUCAUCCCGGAGGCGUACGAGCGGCGCCAGCAACAGGAACAGGAUCGGGAGCCGACCGUUCCGGUGUUCAUCUGCACAACCGCAUUCCCUUCCGUGCCGUGUCCACUGUUCGUUUACGAGCAGCGCUAUCGGCUGAUGGUACGCCGCGCGAUCGAGAGUGGUGAACGACGGUUCGGUAUUGCCCUUCCCGCACAAAACGGUCGCCAGAGGUACGUCGAGUAUGGUACGAUGCUGGACAUUCGGGACUGUGUGCAGCUCGGGGACGGUUGCUCCAUCCUCUCAACGGUGGGUGGCCGACGGUUUCGGGUACUAACGCGCCAUGAACGUGAUGGGUAUGAUACGGCGCACGUAGAGUUUUUUGAGGACGAAAAGAUUGGUGCUGGAUCGGAGGCCGAAGAGCGACUGCAGCUGGUGCGCGAUCUGCACGAGAAAGUGCUGUUGAAAGCGAUCGAUUGGCACCAGAGUCUGCCGGAAAGUAUACGGUGCGAAAUUUUCAAAAGCUUCGGCAAGAUGCCCGACCUGGAGGAGAACUGGGAGGAUGUGACAGAUGGACCAGCGUGGGCAUGGUGGAUUAUAGCGAUCCUUCCCCUAAACGAUAAGCUCAAGGUCGACAUUCUUUCGACAACGAGCCUGAAGAAGCGGCUGCGUGCAAUCGACAAAACGCUCAACCUCGAGUCAGCCCAGCAGAAGCGUCAGCGCUCUGUAUGCGUCAUGGCUGGCGCUUCGUCCGCGUGCUGCGAAGGACUAUCAUCGACGCAACAGUGCCAAGCGAUCGACUGUUGCCUGCGAGAAAGAACUACCUCAAGCGUUCAUAAUCACCACCAUCACCAUCAUCACGAUAGCGACAGGCAGGCCGAUACGACGCAGCAUCUUCACCAUCAUCACCAUCACCAUCAUCACCAUCAUCAUCUGAGCACGUCUACGGACGAGUAUCUGCUGUAG